UCGAGAUCUGAGAUCCCAAUUGCUGCCUGUCAUCGUCUUGUUCCACCGUUUCCCACUUUUCGCCAUCACGGCCGCAACCAUCUUCCGCCGUGCCAAACUUCCAAGACAUACCGACGCCGUUGAUGUUCCAACUCCACACUUUUGCAGCUUCGCCCCCGGCCUCACUGCGGCAUUCAUCCCAAGCCCAGCUCUACAUGGAAAAGAUGGGUACCCUUUGGUCUGAAGACAGGACUAUAGCUUCACAACCUACACAUUCGUGUAGGUAGUCCUGAAAACUUAUUUACAGCUACAUGGACAGAUGCAGCUACGCCAAGUUCGUUUGGUGCGAGUGCGAGUGGAAGUGGAAAUGCAAGUGCAAGUCCCAACCCAGUCACCACACCCCCCUCCAGCUUUCAACUGUUGGUUGCAGUCUUCUUGCUGCUGCUCUGGCUGCCACCAAGUAUCAACCCCCGGACUGAAAGUCCUCGAUCUGGCUGUCUACCAAGAGAGAAUGCGAAGCGCGCAGAGCAACAGAAACUACUUCUAUGCGUCGAAGCCAACAACCCACGCAGUACACCCCCAGGCCUCAAGGUGGCAGGAAAGGAAGAUGCAUAGUAAGCCAAUGAUAUCGCCAGAAACAUGACGAAUCAAGGCCCAGACAAGCCACAUUCCUUUGUUCUCCUCUGUGUCCAUCUGCAGACGUUCAACUUCAAGCCUGCCAUGACCCAUGGGUUUGCUUCCGACAACCCAACCCACACGCCUGCUAGCUCAUCUCCUUUGUUCUCAUAUGCAAUGAGGGACAUGGGCAUGGCUGUUGGCCGCAACCGCUCAUUGUCAGUCACUCCAUGCUUGACGACCGCAUUCCUCAUUACACUCCCACCUAGGCUUGCAGGGCCCAAAGCAAAGAUUGCAGUCGCCUUCUUUGCACACCCUUUCUCUGUCAGUGACAGUCUGUCAGUCUCUUCUUUUUUGCACCUUGCCUGUCUUUCUUGUCUUCUUUGACAGAGACAGAGACCUACCGUACCUGCCAGUCCUUUCAUUUUCUGAUCCCGGCAGUUGCUGCAAGUGCCCUUUCUCUCGUCUGGCUCCUAAAGAAACUGGUGGGCGAGAAGUCCAAGACUUACAGACUGAGGUGGCUCACAAGGUCUUCCGCAAAGAUAUUAAUUAACCCUCUUCGUCCCUCCAUCCACCCCAGACAUAAGAGAACUUCUUCUCCCUUGAUCAAAUCCCUACAGGGCUGCAUACUCUUGACUCUCAUCACCGCCAUCCCAUCAUCUCGGUUGCACAUUCCGAUCUUUGGGCCCAUUCAUUGUUACUCAGAAACCCUGACUUGAACACUUCCUUCUUCAGUCAUCAUUUGCUAUAUCUUACAAGGUAUUCUCCUCUAUCACUAUCCUAAAUCGCCAUGGCUACCCCAAUCGAGAGCCACCCCCGGGCAAGCCUUCACCCACUAUGGACACCUUCAUAUAAUCAAGGAGGAUUCCCUCGUUCCUCGACUUCAAGCAGACCUACUGCUCCUAGCUCGUAUUACAGCCCAUCCGAUCGUUCACCCAAAAGCCUGCCUACUCCGGUAUUUCCUUCCAACGAUGGCUCAAUGAGACAGCAUGAGCGCGCCAUGGUCGACCGCCUCGGCUCCAGACUCCGACAAGCUCCAGGUUCUGGUGAUCUUAGCCCGCCCAAGUCAGCAAACCGGCCGAGUCCGCUUUCUCCUCUCGCAGAGCACUCAGCAAGCGACGGUAGACGUUAUUCGGCCGCGCCUAUAAGCCCUCGCCGGCCAGGUCCGCCGCCAUCAGCAACUCCAGUCUCACCACCCAUGGCUAGCAGUGUCCGAAGGCAGACUCUCGCAGCGGAAACUCGAUCGAUGCUUCUCGCCGGUCUGGGUGAAGAGGCACAACGACGACAGUCUGUGGCUGGACCUGGAUACGUCGCCAGGUCCAGGGAGGCUGAGAAGCGCGUUCAACUUGAGCAGCUGCGAGCAUGGGGUCAUGUGUAUCUUGGUGAUGCCAAAACCUCCGACGUCUUUGUUCAAGCUAUGUCUCUCAAUCGUCGAAGCUCUAAUGCGAGCACCAACUCGGAUCAAUCUGCUGGAGGUUCUUCACCCCCACGAAUGCCGUCCACGCCGACUUUCCCACCUCACCAGCGUCAGAUGAAGUUUCGAGUUCGUCCUCGAGCUGUGGAACGCAAACCGAUGCUCAUCACUCACACUUUCGACAUUGAGCAAUUACGCUCCACUAUCGCGGACCCGUUGCCAAGCCCUACUCCCGCGGAUCAAAGACGGCGGCCAUCUCUACAUACUCAGGCCACUUCACCGCUGCCAAAGGUCUCAUCUCCUCGACCGAGCGCGGCACGAAGACGGUCGAGCAGUGCAAUUCACAGCACGCUCCCUUACAGCCGCGGGCUAAAAUCUGGAGAUCCUCGCGCGGCCUUAUCGCGUGGCGCCGACACUAUGCCAAUCCAUCUCCAAUACGCCCGGUCCUCACUCCCGGUGUUGGCGGCUAUCAUCGUCUCUGGUACCGUCCAGGCUGGCGACGUUGUCGAGUUGCCACUACCGUAUCCCGAAGUGUGGUCCCAAACAGUCACCUAUGUCUACACGGGACAAGGGGACUUGACGGAUGCAGUCAAAGAGAACAUCCUCUACCUUGCAGGAAAGGUCUAACGCCCACGUCUUGGCCUCGUGCUUGUUUAACGAAUGAUGACUCUUAUUUCUUUCUUCUCUUCCACCUGGCCGCCUUUUCUCAACGAAUGCAGCACUCUGUAUGCCUUGCUCAUUCCAUGAUCACGCGCUUUAUUGGGGGGGGUUAGCGAUCGCUGCGGGCCGUUUGCCUUGUUGUUCUUCUGUUCUUCAACACUCCUUUGUCCUCUGCACUUGGAGGACAUCUUGUUCGCUAUACAACUUUGGCUCUUUGCCCUCGUCAUGACUUAUGUAGUUUAAUGAUUUCCCUUUACAAUACAGAGAGAACAGAUUUACUGUCCAUGACUAUCAAAGACUAUUUUUUAACC